AUGGCUACAUUAGAAGAACGUUUUAAAGCAGCAGUUGAAAUUGUUCAAAAAUUACCAGCAAGUGGUCCAUUAACAACAUCAAAUGAUCAAAAACUUGCAUUUUAUUCCCUCUAUAAACAAGCAACUAUUGGAAAUGUUAAUACUGAAAGACCAGGAUUUUUCAGUAUUGUUGAAAGAAAGAAGUGGGAUUCUUGGAAAGAGAAAGAAGGUAUUUCUAAGGAAGAUGCAAUGGAACAAUAUAUUGAAGUAUUAUUAGGAACAUUUGAUAAUAUUGAAGGAAUUAAUGUUGGUGAAUGGCUUAAUGGUCCUGAACUUGAUCCAUCAAUUAAAAAGAAUCUUGCCAUUCUUGGAAAAAUAUUUUAA